CGAAAGAAGCGCACAAAACAAAACACCCCAAAACAAUUGUUGUCAUCGUCAGAUGUUUUUUGACGUUUCUCUUUUUUCUUUCUUCUGUUAACACGCGAAUCGUUUUAACGAUUGCAGCCGGGUACUAACGUUUUAAAAAAGUUUUUUUAGAGGUCACAACUAAAACAAACAACAAAAAACAUCAUGCCUCCCAAGAAACAUGAAGAACCUGAACGUAAACCAUUGAUUGGUCGUAUUGGUACCAAUCUUCGCAUUGGUAUCGUUGGUGUACCCAACGUUGGCAAGUCGACAUUUUUCAAUGUCCUAACCAAGAGUGCUGCACCAGCUGAAAAUUUCCCUUUCUGUACCAUCGAUCCCAAUGAGAAUAAGUAUCAAUUUUAGUAUAGUAUUAGUAGCUUUUGCA